CCGGCUUUGCGGUGCGUCUUCAAGAGCAUCAACAUUAUCUUUAGUGGACGGACAUAUGACGAACAGUUCCGUGUGCUGCCGCAUCAUGUUGACAUAACUCUGCUGAAGAACUGAAAUUAAUGAAUGGCCGGAGAGGAGCGAUGAUAUGAAUUAACUCUUUGAUGUGGGGGGAAGCAGGAAAGGGGUUUUGUACUGCAUAUACUGGCGAGGAAACACGGGAAUGAGGCUUUAAACACGUUUCUUGACGCUGUGAGUUUUCUUGUUGAAGUUGGCUUUGCUCAACCAUGGAAAAAUGAAUUGGAAUGGAUAUUCUGAUAAGUGUUCCUUAGAGAUGGUUGGAAGAUUUUCCAACAUUUCCCCUUUAUGAAUCUUUUCGUGAUGACUCUGGAAAGGUGGAGCGAUCAGGAAAAGCUAAUGACGGACGGACCUAUUAAUCCAUCAAGAGCACCAGAGGGGUUUGGAAACGUUUGGAUGGAAAUGUUUGCACCUUUUUCUGGUUUUAUACGGAACUACUAAUGCAUAGUUGUGGAUCUCUGCUGGAAUCUCAAUUGUCAGUAUAGUGGAAUGAAUUCAGGGCUGUUGACAUAUUCGCUGUGAUUUUUGCUUCUUUUUUCCCCCGCAAAUAUCCAUUUUUUCUUCUGAAAGUAUUUCGAUCUAAAUGGAAUUAGUUGAGAAAGCCCUUUGUGAAAGGAAUAGACAUGGUACAUGGGAACAGGUUCCUUCACGUUGUUGCAGGUCUUCUCAUGCUUGGGUUGUCUGGGGCAACAAAGAAGGAAGCAGUGAAAAACAAUUCAGGAGUGCAGCCGGCAGGGCAGUGUGGAACCUGGGUGAAAGAACCAGAGGGAGGCCUCUUCACCUCACCCAAUUACCCAAACAAAUAUCCUCCAGAGCGAGAAUGCAUCUACAUCAUUGAAGCUCCCCCGAGACAAUGCAUUGAUCUUUUCUUUGAUGAAAAGUAUUCAAUAGAGCCUUCAUGGGAAUGUAAAUUUGACCAUAUUGAAGUCCGGGACGGACCCUUUGGCUUUUCUCCAAUAAUUGGACGCUACUGUGGCCAGCAGAACCCUCCAUAUAUCAGAUCGAGCGGCCGUUACCUAUGGAUAAAAUUUGUUGCGGAUGGUGAAUUGGAAGCGAUGGGAUUUUCUGCAAGCUACAAUUUCACAGCAGAUCCCGACUUUAAAGAUGUAGGAGUCCCCAAACCUCUUCCCUUUUGUGAAUUCGAGAUGGGAGGACCUGAAGGCAUCAUUGAAUCGCAGCAGAUCACCAAAGACGGCAAAGCCUUGCAGACUGAGGCAGUGGACUGCAAGUGGUACAUCCGUGCCCCUCCUCGCUCCAAGCCUGCCACAUUUCUGACAUAUGACAGCUUGUGUCUGCCUCAAGCUGUCCAGUUACCACCUAACACGCUUCAGUGUUUGGCUUCCUGUUUUGCAGUCGUUUGCAUUAUGCGGCCAUUGCGAAAAACAUCUCGGGGCGGAUAUGUAUGCGCUCCCUGUGAGGCAGAUACUUUCUUUUGCCACAGUAACAUGUGUAUCAACAACACGCUGGUGUGCAACGGAAUCCAGAACUGCGUCUACCCUUGGGAUGAAAACCACUGCAAAGAAAAGCGGAAAGCCAACAUCCUGGACAACCUCAACAACACCAACGGCACCAUCAUCGGCGUUACAUGCUGCAUCGUACUGAUCCUCCUGGUCGUAUCGGUCAUCGUCCAAAUCAAGCAGCCGCGGAAGAAGUACAUCCUGAGGCGGGAGGACUUUGACCCCACCAUGUUCCAGGAGGUGUUCCAGGAGCCGCCGCAUUACGAGCUCUGCACUCUCCGCAGCGCGGCGGCCACCUCCGCAGACCUGGCCGAGCUGGCCGAGGACUUUGAGAGCUACCACAAGCUCCGGCGCGCCUCCUCGCGCUGUGUCCACGAGCAUCACUGCGGCUCCUCGCAGCUGCCCAGCAACAAGGGCAGCCGCACGAACCUGAGCGCCCGCGAGGCGACAGCCGCCAUCCUGACAGACCUCCCGCCGCAACCGAUGCGGCCGCUUCCUCCCCAAACCAACCGCAGGAACAUUCUGGUAAUGAGACACACCUACUCACAAGACGCCGCUGAUGCCUGUGACCUGGACGAUGACCUGGAUGAAGUGCCCACCACCAGCCACAGAUUGUCCAGACACGAGAAAGCAGUGCAGCGGUUCUGCCUCAUUGGGUCUCUAAACAAACAUGAAUCUGAGUACAACACAACUAGGGUGUAACAGACAAUCUUGAAGUGCAAUCCUGGAUCAGUACGAACGGGCUUCAAUGAAAUAUGAAAAUGUGGACCGGAGAUAUACACCAGCAUGAUAAUAACAUGGACAUUUUAAAGACAAAUUUAUCAAAACAACCUGCAGAUGUAAAGGAGGACAUGGAUUCGGUAACAAAAGAAGUGACUGUGAUGAAAUCGUUUUAACAUGUAGCUCCUAAUUUAGGCUCAUUGCCUUUGUUAUGGUUACUUAUUGAGGAUUGCAGAACAUUAAAUUAAUAGAUGUGAAUUAGGCCUUUCAGGACUGUUGUAGUGCAUGUGUUUUAUUGUCAUCUUUUGCCACCAAAAGUUGUCUUUUUAUUUGUCAAAACACUUUUAUUUAAGAUGUCGGAUAUUUGUGACUUUCAGCGAACACUUUCUAUUCACAUAUUUGUCAAAUUCACUUUAAUGUUAAGAUUUGCAUGCACACUUUCUUUCUCAUUUUUAAAGUGAGUGACUGUGCAUUUAGGUGCAGCAUCGAACCCAAGACUAAUUUAUUGUAGAUAGGUUUAAUUACAAAAAAUAUAUAUAUAUAACAAAUGGAAUGACACUAAGCCCUUCCCUCCCCUAGUUUACUGCUAUACUUACUAACU